UUGAAUGAUGACAAAAAACAAAAAAAAAACAGAAGUCUCUUAUCCGAACAGACAAAACUUAAGGCAAUGAACAUUGAUCAUCUAUAGACUUUGGUGGCCAUUAUGGCAGUCUCUUCACUCUCAAUCCGCUUUUGUGUUUCACCAACAAUCUCGCACAAGACAGAUAUUCUCUGUCCAAACCCAUCACUCAGAGCUUGUUGUUCACUUUCAUCCGGCAGCAGUCUUGACUCCUCGGAGAAUAGAAAUGGAAGCAACUGGAAGAGAAGGCAAGCUCUUGUGGGAGUAGGAACUUUAUUGGCAACUUCAGUUCCAGCAACUUUGCUUCUUGCUGAAGAGGUACCAAAAAGCUACUCUGCUUUUGUGGAUAGAGAAGAUGGUUAUUCGUAUUAUUACCCAUCAGACUGGAGGGAAUUUGACUUCAGGGCACAUGAUUCAGCCUUCAAGGAUAGAUAUUUGCAGCUGCAGAAUGUUCGUGUCAGGUUCAUACCAACAGAGAAAACAGACAUCCGCGAAGUGGGUCCAAUGGAUGAGGUGGUUUAUGAUCUAGUGAAGCAUAAGUUUGCAGCACCAAAUCAAGUAGCUACCAUCUAUGAUAUGAAAGAGAGGGUGGAGGAUGGAAGGAGCUAUUACACAUUUGAGUAUGGACUAAGAACUCCCAUCUAUGCAACCACUUCUUUUGCAACUGUGGCUGUUGGAAACAACAGAUACUACACACUCAUAGUUGGAGCAAACGAGAGAAGAUGGAGGAAAGUCAAGAAGCAGCUUCAAGUUGUUGCCGACUCUUUGAAGAUUCUUCAGAUUUGACAAGAGACAAUAAACAAAUCUUCUGUUACUCUUUAUCUAUACUCUCUGUCGGUUACAAAACUGUAUGUAGAUUUCAGUUGAUAUUCUUAUAUUCUCUACAACUCCAA